AUGUAUUAUCGUAGAAGACUUCUAGAAAUGCAGCAUACAAAUGAUUCAUCAGGUUCAAAUUCAAAUCCAAACAGAACUGAUGAUAACAAUGCAAGACAUUUUCAUCCUCUACCUGUAAAUCCAGAAGAUGCUUAUGCACACAGAUAUUCACAAACACUGAAUGCUCCACAUUAUAAAAAUAAAAAGAGAGAAGUCCAUGAGAGUAGGAGAAUGCAGUCCGUGAAUACUGUAGAUUAUCAUCCUAAGAAAUCGAAUUUAGAUGAAAUUGUAGGCCUCGGUAAGUUUGUAUUCAUUUAA